GAUUCAAAAUGGCGCUUUGCUGUGCAAUCAGUAAUGAAGUUCCUGAACAACCAGUUAUCUCCCCUGUAUCAGGACAUGUCUAUGAGAAACGACUGAUAGAGAAAUAUAUAAAAGAGAAUGGGGUUGAUCCAAUGAAUGGAGAAUCUGUAGCUGUAGAAACCCUAAUAGAAAUUAAAGCCAACCCUCUAGUAAAACCAAGACCUGCUUCUGCCACUAGUAUCCCAGCCAUAUUGAAGGUUUUACAAGAUGAAUGGGAUGCUCAAAUGUUACAUAGUUUUACACUCAGACAGCAGCUACAGACUGCACGACAAGAAUUAUCUCAUGCUUUGUAUCAACACGAUGCUGCAUGUCGUGUGAUUGCUCGUCUAACCAAGGAAGUAACAGCUGCCAGAGAAGCUUUGGCCACACUGAAACCCCAGGCAGGCAUUACCCCUGGAAGUUAUGCAGCACCAGCACCCCAACCUUCUAUUGGUGCCGAAGCUGGACCAGAAGCAGCAGAGCCUAUGGAGGAAGCAGGCAUGAGUGAUGAAGUUUUACAGAAGUUACAAGACAAAGCCACUUUACUGACAGCUGAAAGAAAGAAGAGAGGUAAAACAGUACCAGAAGGAUUAGCUACAGUAGAAGAUAUAAAACAGUACAGACAACUAGCAUCACAUACAGGUUUACACAGUGCCAGUGUUCCAGGAAUAUUAUCAUUAGACAUUUGUCUUAAAGAUACAGCAAAGAUUGUUACUGGUGGUAAUGAUAAGAAUGCAGUAGUGUUUAACAAAGAUACAGAACAAGUCAUGGCCAUAUUGAAAGGUCAUUCUAAAAAGGUCACCAGUGUUAUAUAUCACCCUGAUGAGGAGUUAGUAUUUACAGCCUCACCAGAUUGUACAAUCAGAGUAUGGGGAGUACAGACAGCUCAAUGUGCUCAGAUUAUCAGAGCCCAUGAUGCCCCAGUCACAGGAAUCAGUUUACACGCUACAGGAGAUUAUCUUCUCAGUUCAUCUACAGAUACACACUGGGCAUUUUCUGAUUUGAGAACUGGUAGAGUGUUGACAAAGGUGAAUGAUCCACAAUCUCAGCAUGCUUUGACAUGUGCACAGUUCCAUCCUGAUGGUUUGAUUUUUGGAACUGGAACAGAGGACUCAAUGAUCAAAAUUUGGGAUUUAAAAGAACGAGCUAAUGUGGCUAACUUCCCUGGCCAUCAAGGUCCAAUUACAAGUAUAGCAUUCUCUGAAAAUGGUUACUAUUUGGCCACAUCUGCUGAAGAUUCUGUUGUCAAACUGUGGGAUUUAAGAAAACUGAAGAAUUUCAAGACAUUAACAUUGGAUGAUAAAUAUGAAGUGAGGUCGUUAUGUUUUGAUCAAAGUGGAACUUACCUGGCUGUAGCAGGAUCAGACAUUAGAGUGUAUUUAUGUAAACAGUGGCAGGAAUUAGGAGUAUUCAACGAUCACACUGCCAUGGCAACCGGUGUCAGAUUUGGUCACAACUCAACAUUCGUUUCUUCAGUCAGUAUGGAUAGAUCUGUCAAAUUCUUUGGGAUGAGCUAAAACCAGGAACAAUCUCUGAAUGAAAUCAUAAUGUUUGUUAUUAUCAUCAUCACAUAUAAUUUGGUUUAUAUAAGGUAGAGGUUGAACUUAGUUCUCUAGAACGUCAUGAUUGCAUAAUGUGAACAAAUAUCCUGCAGUCUAAUUUACUGUUUUGUUUAACUUUUUUUUUUAUAUAGAUGACAUAUUUAGUAUGUCCAUUUAGAUGCUUAUGUUUAUUUUACAUUCAAAAGUAAAAUAUUUUUGCAAAUUUUAAACAGUUGUACAGUAAUUGAUAGUAAUUUUCAGCAAUGAUGCAUUUCAUGAUAUGUGACUUAUCAUUUUUGUUGAGCCGGUGACAUAUUGUUGUGGAAGUAAGACAAAGCGAUCCUACAUUCCACAGGGAUGUCUUUGGUUAAAGAUUUUGUUUAGACAUCAGUAACAUUGUCAAACCAUCACUGCAUUUUAUGAGACUUGGACAGAACGUUUUUCAUGAUCAAAAGACAAAAUUUUGGAAAUAAUUUUAUUGUUGUUGAUAUUUUACUGACAAUUUGACAUUUUGAAAUCAAUAUUACACUUUUACACUGAUAGCAGAGGGGAGACUAAGAGUUUGAUGGAACAAUUUUUUAGUCCUUUAUUAUUGAAGGUUAAUGACUUGAUUUUCUCAUGUAGUCAGUCCUGUAAUAGCUGUUAUAACCGUUUAUAGGAAACAUAGUUUAGUUACACUAAAAGUUACUAAUUUGCUACGGUUAUUGCAACAAAGUUUCCUAAACAGAGCAAACAGCAAAGCACAAUCAAAUCAAGUGUUCCAAUAACUCAUUCAUAUGAUCACUUAAAUGAUAAAUUUUACUUUUGAACUAGGGAAUUUUAUUAAGAGCUAUUUCAGAAAUAAAUGUAUGGGGGUCGGAAGGCAUUUUUAUUUUAACCCCGCCAUGCAUAAAAUUUUAAUUGAUUAUUCAUAUAAUUGUUAAGGCUAUCUGUCUAAAAUAACCACCCUCUAUCAAAUUUUAAUUAAAGUGCUUUCCGACACCUAAAUUCAAUUAAUUCUUGAAAAGCCCUCAUUGUUAUGAUAAUUUUUGCUGUAAAGCUUUUUUAUUGAAAAAAAAACAUAAAAAAUAGUUUGAAUUUCUGCUUUCAAGCUUCUUUAAUGGAUGAGGACUUACAAAUAGUUGAUUAAUAAAUGUGUCAUUUAAUAAUCAAAGUCAUAAAAAGAUCAUUCAAUACUACACACUCGGGACUACUCCAUUAAAAUAGAUAUGAGAGGGUAGGAAGGAAAUUUGUUUCCUAGGUAAUCUUUAGUUGUAUGUCCAUUCAAUGUAUGUAAAAUUACACAAAGAAAAGACUAAGGAUUCACAUAUUUUUGUGGGUACCCAUUUUCGUGGAUUAAGCCAAAAAAAGGCACUUUCGUGGGUAUUUUAUUUCAUAGUUUUACAAAAGUCUGCAUACAAGUCUAUAGAAAGUUUGUACUUUGUUGAACAUUUAAAUUCAUGGUAAACCUUCACCCACACAAUCAAUGAAAAUUGGUAUCUAAUGAAUAAUAUUGAAUCCACAUUAUGUUGGUCGUUUGGGGAGCUUGGAAGUCCCUUCUUGCCCUCCCACAAUCAUUUAUUGGAAUAGUCUGUAUGCUUGUCUUAUCAUAAGAGAUCAUAAGGUAGCCUCAUUGUCUUAUUUGGUUUAAUUGUAAUAUCAGGUUGUUAUUUUGUAGAUAUUUCAUCCUAAUCUCCUUUUGUUCAUAUUGAAUUGAGAAAAGAGUUGACUAUAGUCAACUCUCGAAGUGUUCUCAAUGUGUUUAAUGUACACAUAAAAAUAUAUCUGUAAAACAGAAAAACCUACAGAAAAUUGUUUAAGAUGGUCAUAUUUUAUUUUUCACAUGUAAACAAGCCUUUUGGUUUAUUCAUGUAAUAUAUACAUUAAUGGCAACAUUUUUGGUGUAAUACAUUACAUGUAGUAAUCAUUUCAUUCUUCAUGAGGCCAGGCAAAAUUGAAAUAGAGUAUUAUUGUCCCACUUGGUCAUAAUUUUUUCAUACACAUAGAUGGGCGUUAGAGCAUUUGAUCUUUAAUUUUGUUUGACCUUUGUUAUCAACAUCAUUUGUGUGAAUGGAAGUGGUAAAAAUAUGUAUGAUGAGAUAGACUUUAUUGUAUGUUUAUUUUGUAUACUUGUGUCUUGUAGUUGCUACAGAAGAAAUAUGUCUAAUAUCACCAAAUAUUUUCAUGAUAUAUAACAGUUGUACUAUGUAAAGAAGGAAGAAUCCAUUUUAAUAUGUAAUUCUGUUAUAGACAGCUUUGUAAUCAAGAUAAACCCAUGUACUGUGAUGGUUGUUUUUAAUGGAUGGAUGUUUGCCUAGAAAUUACUUUUUCAUGUGAAUAUUACAGCAUAAAUAUUCAAGUGUUAACCAGCAUUUAUUGCAGUUGGUAAAUUCAAUAAGCUUUAUUUAUCAAGAUGUAUUUUAUAAAUCAUUAUUAAAAUCAAUAUUGCUCAGAGCAUAAGGCUUGAAUCAGUUGACUCUAUGUUAGAUUAACUUUUGUUACAUAAGAGCAAUUUGAUUAGCAGACAUUUUUAAACAGCUCUCAGAUAAUGGAAAAAUAGAAUUGAACACAUACAAGAAAUUUGAUUAGGACAUGAUAUAAUUAUUUACCUGAACAAAGAUAUAUCCAGGAUCAAUAGCUUGUUACAGGUGACUUAUAGACGUACCUUAAUAACUGAGCAGUGUUGUCACAUCACCAUUUUAUAAAGCUCUUGAUACAUAAAUUUGACCUCAUGCCAAAGAAAAAAAGAAGAAUAGGUUAACACAAGUAUGAUUUAUAUUGUAAUUCCUAGUGUAAGUGGUUUCAAACUUGAUUGUUGACGAUUGUGUUAAUAAUUGCAGUUAUAGAUAAGUGGUCUGUUUCUAUAAAAAUGAAAAUGUUACUACUGCUUUUUAACAAAUAAACACUUGGUGUUCUU